AGGUUUGUAUUUGUCUAUAGUUCGACAUAUUUUUUUUUAAUUAGUACAAUGACUAAUACAAUUGUUAUUUUAGUUUCCGUGUGCUGUAUUAUAGCACACAUCGAAUGUAAUAAAACCUUUAUAGAGUGUCUAGAUUCUAAUGAUAAAGGAGAACUGGCCUUUGUCAAAUCAAGAACAUCAAGUCCUGUAGAUCAAGUUAUCCGUGAACACAUUCCUGCGAGUAUGUAUAAAUCAGAAAUUUCUUGUAUAAUGAUACUCCACGAUAAUCAUACCACACCGGCCGUAAUUAAAGGAGGACUUCGAUUUAAGUAUGUAGUAAUUGAAUUUGAUUUUGAUUUGUUACUAGAAUCAAGCUAUGUGAUUUACAUUUAUACUUUAGAGGAAGAAGAUUCAUCUGUUUAAAUUACAAUCUAAAAUAGUUUAAUAAGAAAUUGUUAGUUUGAAAUUAAUAAACUGUGAACUAAAUUCAA